GAAAUUACAGAAACAUUUGAAAAAUGGUUUAGAUAAGUGAAAGUGGGAUAGCGGGCUCCAUAAAACUCAGGUGGCUGGCAAGAUCUCAAAUCUAAGGUCUGUAACGAUGGCGUAUGCUUUCGGUUUUAACUUUUGAGCAAGGGAAAUUCAGUCAUCAAUCUCCUUUUUUUUUUGUUUUGUUUUCUCAAUCUAUUCUUGUUAAAGGUUAACAAUGGCAACUCCCAAAGCCCUGAAGUCGAAACCAAGGUUGAGAUCCCCGAUUCCCAUCAUGAUUUUGAUGUGCAUAACUGCCAUUGCAUUGCUUUUCUUGUUUUCAUCUAUGAAUUCCACAAAUGGGUUUUUAUUCAGCUCUCCUAAAGCCAAAACCCGUUUGAGAAAGAAUGCAAGGCAGCACUCUCUGCAUGACAAGUAUUUGUACUGGGGUGACCGAAUUGAUUGCCCUGGAAAGCAUUGCGACUCAUGCGAAGGCUUGGGUCACCAAGAAUCUAGCCUCAGGUGUGCUCUUGAAGAAGCCAUUUUCUUGAACAGAACUUUUGUUAUGCCUUCCAGAAUGUGUAUCAAUCCAAUACACAAUAACAAGGGAAUCCUCCAUAAUCUUGCCAAUGCAACUGCAGAGGAAAGGUGGGCUGCAAGCUCUUGUGCCAUGGAUUCUUUAUACGAUCUUGACCUAAUAUCUGAAACUGUACCUGUGAUCUUAGACAAUUCAAAUGUAUGGCAUCUGAUACUAUCAACAAGUAUGAAGUUGGGUGCCAGAGGGGUUGCCCAUGUGGAAGGACUUAAGCGGGUGGAUCUCAAAGAGGAUAGUCACUACUCAAAUCUCUUGCUUAUUAACCGAACUGCUAGCCCUUUGUCAUGGUUUAUGGAGUGCAAGGAUCGAAACAAUCGCAGUGCUGUGAUGUUACCUUAUUCAUUUCUUCCUUCGAUGGCAGCAGAGAAAUUAAGAAAUGCAGCUGACCAGAUUAAAACACUCCUUGGUGACUAUGAUGCUAUCCAUGUUCGUCGAGGUGAUAAAAUAAAAACCAGGAAGGAUAGGUAUGGGGUUGAAAGGAGCCUACAUCCUCAUUUGGAUAGGGACACCCGUGCGGAAUUCAUCCUUCGUAGAAUUCAGAAGUGGGUACCAGCUGGACGAACUCUUUUUAUUGCUUCAAAUGAAAGAACACCUGGAUUUUUCUCGCCACUUUCUGCCAGGUACAAGUUGGCUUAUUCAUCAAAUUAUAGUCAGAUCUUGGAUCCCUUAAUUGAGAACAAUUACCAAUUAUUCAUGAUUGAGAGGCUUAUCUUGAUGGGAGCCAAAACAUUCAUUAAAACUUUCAAGGAAGAUGAUACGGAUCUCAGUCUCACAGAUGACGCAAAGAAGAACACUAAGAUGUGGCAAAUUCCUGUUUAUACUUUAGAUGGAGAAGGAAGCUAACUUUUCUGUUAUAGCUCAAAUUCAUUCUGUAAUCCAGCCAAUUACCUUCCACAUGUAGUGUAAUAUUUUGCGAAUAUGAACAUCCCUUGAGGCAACAAUUUGGUCAUUUUCUUGAAUUGAAUAUCAGAAUCUUGCAGCUACAUUGCAGAGAAUCAAGAGUCCUGGGAAAAGGUGGGAGAAAGUGGCAUUGUAAAUUGUGUUGUCUACUAGGAUACUUCGUUGUAUGUGCUUUUAAAAUGCAUUUUACAGCCAUUUUUUUUUC